AUAUUAAAUUUCAGUCUGAAAUAAACCGGCGGAAGGUGUAUAUCGUAAGCUGUUUGUUCUGUGGUGUUAUUUAUAAAUAAAUCGGUGAAUUUUUAGCCCUAGCGGUUAAAGAAACAGUUGCAGAGGGAUUACAAAUAUGGCUGAAACUGUGAAGAAGUCAAGGAUUGUAAGUGAUCCUGAUGAAAAUUUGGAAGAGAGUUUGAUGGAAGAAUUUAACUUAAGACUAAAAAACUGCAUGAACAAUGAUGAUGAAACGUUCGAAGAUGGCCAGCCCGUCAGAAUAUCGCCGGAAACGCACUACGAAAACAUCGAAACGUUAAAAAACGGAAUCGACAAGGUCGACAGUGAACCUAGAAACAAUCACAUAAUAUUACCCGAUCUGACAAACGGCGGUAGCCAACACUUUAUCGACAUAGAAAGGGACCAUAUCAGUAACAAUCUGAAGACUGCACUUAGUUCAUCAGAAACAGACCAAAAGAAUGGAUACCGCGAAGACGUCCGUCAAUUGGAGACCAAGACUGAAACCAGAGACUUAACCAAACCCGAACCAGUCUACGACAUACCCAAAUUGCCCCCACACCAGGUGAAAACCAUCCCCCACGAUUUGUACGCCGACCAAGUCGACCAUGUCGCGUCCAAGCCAAUUCUUGAGCUUCCCGCCACAUGUCUGAUCGAUUUCUCUGAUCCCAACGUCGAAACCACACCCGAAACGAAAUCGGCGAAAGACAGGAUGCUCCUGUCCACGGACGACACUUCGUGUCUUCUCUUUACCCAGACCGUUACCUCCCCAAUGCUUACCCCUUCCGAAGAAAACAUCGAUUUCCUCAAGGCGCUCCAAACCCAGACUGAUAUGAACCACAAAGAAACUGAGGGUGUCGUCGCAAUAAUUGAAAAAGAAGAAGUUCCUAUAUUCGACCCCAACGUCACCAUAAGCGAAGCCGACAGCGAGAUCCUGGAACCUGGGAGCGAGGCCGAUUCUAAACACGACAUAGACGAGGACAAUUCAAAGUCUGAAGAACAAGAGAUACAAACGACGGGAAUUUUGGAAAACGGAAGUGGCGCGGGUGAGGCCAUUUACGAAAACGCCGAGUUCCUCCAGGAACAUGCGGACAAUUUGGAGAGCAUUUACGAAAACGUCGAGGUCAUUAGGGAGACGUCGAAGAGGAGUAGCAGCAGCGAGUGCAAAGCCGCGGGGUCGGAGAUAAGCGGCGACGUCGAAGUCGAAAACGUACUCAAUCUGAAAGAGAACAGCGGCAACGGCGACUUCAAGGCCGAAACGUCAAAAUUCAUACAAAACGAAAUCGAAUUUGUCGAAAACAACGACGACAGGGUCCCCGUUCCGUCGCCACCUCCCCAAAACUCCGACGAACUCAAAGACAGUCUCGAAGCAGAAACAAUUGAAAUCCAAAAUCCUCCUCGUGAAUCUUCAAAUGUUGAGGAAGAACAACUAGUAACAGAAACAAUAACGAAAGGUUCGCCUUCAGGAGACCAAGCAGAAGAAACAAAAGAAGACCGCAAGUCCGUUCCCGAUAAACAAAUCGAAGACGAACAGAAACCCGAUGUUGCGAGAGACUUGUCUUCCGGUGACCAGUCGGAUUUUGUCGACCGGAAGCCGGAAGAGGCGGAAUUGAAUAAUAAAGAAGAAAUAACAUCGGAAACGAUUGAGAAUAACAGCAACGAUGUCGAAACAACAACCGAAGUGAAGAGGACGAUUAUUGGUGAUGAUGAUGUUGAUGAUGAGGAGGCCGUUGUUGCAACGACCACUGUCGAGUCGAUUAGCAAGUUCGAAACUGAAAAGGUCAAAUCGUUGAAGAUGCACUUCAUGAAAACGGACGUGAACGAAUCGAUUGUGCUGCAGAAGGCGGAAGAAAAAGAACUCGAGGAACUGAAAAGCUUCAACAUAAUGAAGAAAAUAAGCAAGUUCGAGAGUAAUUCUGUCGUAGCAACUAAAGAAACCGCCGCAACUAAUAACGCUUGCUCUAACAUUCAAAACAACUGCAGUACGGUCACUCACACCGAAACCCACUAUGUCGAGACCUCGGCCGAUCUUCGCAAUGGCGAAGAAAAAGCCGUAAAGAAAAAGAAGUCCAAAAAGUCGAAGAAAGAUCACGAAAAAGAGAACAUAUCUGUCACCGAAACUAAAGAAGAAGAUUCGUUUUACAAUGUCAACGUUAAAAACCUGUGUAGGAGUUUUGGAGAUUUGACAAAAAUCGAGAAAGACAAGGGAAAACUUGAACGAAACAAUUGGAGGACAAAGUCUUUGAACGAUGUUCGUCAUUUAACGUACAACCGUAAUAUCGAAGUAUUCAAAGGGGUGUCCGUACGAGCGCUGCGAGAAAGGUUUCUCUGUGGUUGUGACCAUAAAGGUCUGGUUAAUGUAGGCGAUAUGGCAUCUAGCGGCAACAUUAACGAUAGGAUCCAGAAGCUGAAAUCCAGUUUCAACAAGUUCGACGCUUUGCAGAAGAAGAAUGUGCUGCACGUCCGGUCAUCCGACGCCUCAAAGGCCCAAGAAAAGUUUUCUGGUGGUCAAAUUGAAAAUUCGAACUGUAAAGCUUGUGAUAAACCAGUUUUCCAAAUGGAAUUAGUCAAAGCUGAGAAGGCCGUUUGGCACAGGGGCUGCUUCAGGUGUACCGAAUGUAAAAAACAAUUAACAGUGGACACCUUCGAAAGUCAUGAAGGUAACCUGUAUUGUAAGCCCCAUUUUAAGGCCCUGUUCGCUCCAAAAGUUGUCGACGAUGAUGUUCCCCAAUUUCCUCGAAAAUACGAACUUAUUAUACGUGAAAAUCAGCCCCAAGAAUUACCACCAGACGUUGUUAGAGCCAGCGACAAGCCGGACUUGGGUCUGGAAGAGUUGCAGUCUUUGAACGUGAAAGAGCGUUUCCAAGUUUUCGAAAAUCAUCAGACGGAAACGAAUCAAAUCGACAAGUCGCCGUCACCGGUGAACGUGAAGAGGUCCCCGUCGAUAUUGUCGAAACUGGCUCGGUUCCAGGCCAAAGGGAUGAACGUAGGCGUGACAGACGAAUCCCUCAACGGAAUCCCGAUCGAACUGAGCGAGUCCGAGGAGGAGGAGGAAGAGGAAGAGAUAGAGGGUGAAGAUGCUGAUUUGAUACGCGCGAAACGUGUCCAAAAAGAAAAACCAUUCCACUUUGUCCAGCUGUCCGACGUUAAGAACAAAUGGGAGCACGUGAACGAGAAUAGUAAAGACGAGAGGCGGGAGGAGAGGAAACAAGAGAUACAAACGAUUAGAAGUCGUUUGUUUCUGGGCAAACAAGGGAAGAUGAAGGAGGCGUAUCAGCAAGCUGUGAUGGAAACGGAAACGGGGCACCCGAAAAAGACUGAACCCAUAGAGAUAACGAGAGAAUUGGCCGACACGCGGACCAUCAAAGAAAAAUUCGAAAAGGGCGAACUGACCAACGACGAAAUUAGGAAUAAGGAACAGGAAGACAUGUCUGUCUUCGAAAGUGGUAAGCAAUCGUUUUUUCCAAAUUUAGCGAAUUUUCCUCUAUUUAAUUUGAUCUUCGAAGGAUUUUGCCUUUUAAUAAGAAUUUCAGAAGCAUUUCAACGAUCUUUUGCAGGUCCUAAACCGUUGAAACGCUUCACCCCUCCCCGGGAGCCUAUCCGGCGUGAAACUAGCAGCGAAGAGGAAGAAAGUGGCAGUGAGGAAGAGAGCGAAGAAACAGAAGAAAACGAAAGGCCCACAGUCCCAGAUCAAGAUCUUCUUGAGGCCCAAAAGGCCGCCCGUGCCCGGCAGUUAAGGGCGAAAUUCGAGAGAUGGGAGGCGGACGAAAUCAAGAGGGAGAAUGCGGGGGUUGUGAACAUUGCCGAAGAAAUUGGAACAACCGCUGACGAACAGUCUCAAAUUGAAACCACUAGAAGUUUACGCGCUAGAUUUGAAUCAAUGAGGGAGACAAGCAAUGCACCCAGACAAGCCCCCAAAGUCAAAGUCAACAGAUUCGUGGAACCUAAAGAAAGCGUCGAAAUGUGCAACAGGUGCAGCUCCCGGGUUUACCCCCUAGAAAAAAUUACCCUCCACGGUCUUAUUUAUCACAAGGGUUGCUUCAAGUGUAUGGAAUGUAACGCUGUUUUAAGGAUGGACUCGUACUGUUACAAUAAGGGCUUUUUGUACUGUCCGGCACAUUUUAAGCGUCUUUUUAUUUCGAAAGGGGACUACGAUACAGGUUUCGGUUUGGAUAAUACCAAGGACAAAUGGAAUGUUGUAGCCUCGUAGUUAAAAAAAAUAAAACCUGUGAUAUUUUUUAAAAAAGUAACUUCUCGAUAAAAAAAAAAACUAAAACACUUCUUCGAGGUACUUAAAAUGUAUUUUCCGAUUUGAUUUUUUUUAUAUGUGUAAACAAACGCGGGAUCGUAAUCAUCAAAUUGUUUUGUCGAAAAUUUCGAGACGAUUAUCAAAUCGAUGUUGUUUCGACUUGCCGUUUAUCCAAGUCCUAUCCCGAAUGGUGCCCUUUUUUUUUAUCACAUAAUAUGUAAUUUUUAAACAUUAAAUAAGAUGUUAGUUACUAGGUUAUUUAUCGUUUUAUAUAAUACAAAGAAAAAGUCCAAUUUUUUAUUAUUAUUACGAA